AUGAAUUCCAUUUUCAUGACGAUCUUCCUCUUCCUCGCAAUCAACAGCCUCACAGCAGCGAUCACCGCUCAAGAGCGACACGACCGAACCCACGACAUCUUCACCUUCUACCACCACGACGUCGGUGCCGAAUUGAAGCCCCACCACUUCAUUCUCGACCUCAAUUGCCACGUCGUACCCACCUCACACCCAACCACAAUCAAACUCUCUUGUGCUCUCGAAAGCACUAGGCGAGUACACGAGUCCGACAACAACCCCGUCGAUUUCCAAAUCCAUUUCCAAUCCAAAGGAGUCCCGACCUUUCGCAAUGGACGCAUGAUUCGACCGACAAUUCUUCAACCUUUCACAAUUUUACAUUCGUAUGUUCCUCAAGGAGAGGAGCGGAUUGCAAUGGAGGUGGCAUGUCUGAAGACUCAUCGGGAAUGGCUUCACGGACAAGCUCAAGCGGAUAUUUCAUGCGAUGUUUUGAAGGUGGAAGCAGUGGAUACACGAGGUGAGGCCAAGCAAUGA